ACCAAGUCCAAAGAGAGAUAUGAUUGGCAUGCCAAAGACCCCAGAGGCCAGAAUUCUUACUUCUACUGCAAGGAAUUCGCGCCGAAAGGCAUUAAAACUUUGGCUCCAACAGGGGCCCCGACAGGGGCUCCCACCUUGCCUCCAACGCAGGCUCCAACSUCGGCCCCAACAAAGAAGGUACCCAACGUGGGUGAUAUUUCCUACGACUUUCCCUCCACGACUAAGGAUCUUUUGCACGGAUUUUGCGUUAAGGGAGCGACUUCCGCUGCAGGGAUCGAUGCCACCUCCUCCGACAAAGGUCUUACCUACAAAACCAUCCCAAACUUCAGUGAGAAGACCAAGCUAUUCGGUGACAGAACUUACCUACCAGUGUUCUUGAACAAACAAAAGUGCGAGGGCGGAAUUUACGUACAGCCUAGGAGGGCUGUUACAAAGAAGGGUGUAGCCAUUUCCCUAAAAGUUGCGGCUGGAGGGCCCGUCACCAUCUGCGCCUUCGUCGAAAGCAACGCCAAUGAGCGCGACGGAGGUUGGCCCGAAUCUCUGAAGAAAGAUGGCUUUACGGCCUCAAAGCCAUUCGACUUUGCACAUUCGGUACCCUCUAAAAAUCUUGCUACGUUCUGGUGCAAGGAAUAUGGGGUGGGACCUGUCACUGACGCACCAACGCUUGCACCCACUGCUUCACCCACUGCUUCACCCACUGCUUCGCCCACUGCUUCGCCCACGGCAGAUCCAACCGUGACACCACCAUUCGCGGGCAUUGUUUCCUACGAAUUCCCGGCCACAGAAACAACAGACUUUUUGCAUGGAUUGUGCGUCAAAGGAGCAGCUUCUCCCAAAAAGAUUGCUGUCACCUCCAACGACGAGACGCUGAGCUACACCAAGAUCCCUAAAUUCAAAGAAGGGACAAAGCUCUGGAGUAAAUUCAAACAAUUUGUCGGACCCCUGGGCAAAGACAUGUGCCUGGGAGGGACCUAUCUGCAGCCGAACGAAAUCAGACUGAUCCCAAAGGGAACAAAGAUUUCCCUCGAGGCCCCGGCAGGUUUUGACAAGCCCGUCACUAUCUGCGCCUUUGUUGAAGCCAAUGGUCCCAAGCGCGAUGGUGGCUGGCCAGCUCCCCUGAAAGAUGACGGCUUCAAAGUUUCGGAGCCUUUCGAUUGGGCAUCAGGAAACGAGAAAGACAACCUUGCUAGGUUCUACUGCAAGGAAUUUACGGUGGAAGAACCGGAAGACGAACUGGAUCGAUUCGAGCUCUUUGCGGUCGGAGACGGAAAUAAGAAGCCCUACGGAAAGCUAGAAGCCACCAGUCCGCUCACGGCCAAGGUGUUCUUCGAGGCACAUCCGCAGCAGUUCAUCAAGAAAAAUAGCGUCGUCGACGUCGCGCUGUAUGCGAAGGUCCCGAAGGGCAAGUCCUGCGACAAGGGAACGCUCCUCUCCUCCGCCGAUGGAUACGAUGUCGAAGUCGGCGAAUUAUUUGAAUACCCCGAGUACAACAAGUUGUACGGGGGGAAGGGUCCAAAAUUUCCAAGCACGAGCAACGGAUUGAUCGGUAAGCAACGCAAUAUAGCACCACAAAACCAACUCUUGCCCCCACACCCUAGGUGCAACGGUGGUCCGUAGUUGAUUGGUUCGUUUGUUUGUAUUCACGUAUCACUCACACAUCGUUCUUCCUCUCGUCCGUUCUUCCUUCGGAACCGAUGACAGGUGCGGCCGAGUUCAUCAUUAGUGAUUUCACGGCUCCUUCUGGAGACAGCCAGAUUUACUUCCCCGGAGUAGGCGACGGAGACGGGGAGAUCAAUCUCUGUGUUCAGGUCUCUACACAGAUAGAUUACCGUGGCAACGGCAAGAAGGAUAUCGUCUCGCGCAUCGACACCCACUACGCCGUGUCUGUGGACUUGACUGGUGACUUCGAAAAAUUCGAGCAGACGGUCAAGAUCCAGUCUACCGAUGCCAGCGAUCUCAAAGAUCAGAUCCAAUCCGCCGUCGACGUUACUGCUUUCCUCUGUAAAAAGGGCAACAAGCCGAUCGAGGAAAUCACGUUCCGAGAGGGAGAGGACUUCCGCAUCUGCGUCCAACCCGUCGUGGAGAAGGAUACCCGCCUCGACUACUCGGUGGUCAAGUUCGACGAGGUCGUGUGCUCAAAUAAGGCCGAGAUCCGAGACGUCAUCACGAAAAAGGGACCGGACGCACUCACACUGGUUGAUAAGGCCCCGGACAAAAAAGGCACCCUCGGGUUUGCGUCCGUGGUCACCAACGGGUAUCUCUCCAAGAACGAGGACUCCUUCCUCUGCGCCGGAAAGGUCACCCUGCGCAGCAAACAGAAACCGCAAAUUCUUCCGGGACGUGCGCUCCGAUCGGAGGAGACAGUUGCGGAGUUCCUUAUCCAGCGCAGGGCGGAGGAAGAAGCCGCCGACGACGAAAACAGCGAGGGUGGGGUCUUUGGCCUCGGGAUCAAGAUCGCUCCUCCUACCGACGAGGACGCGGCCUAUUCCGCCCCGGCAUCGGUCGCAUCCCCGGUCUCGAUGUUUGCUCUUGCGGUGGCUUCGAUGGCAAUGACCCUGUGGUUCUAAACAGACACAACAUUGUUUGUGGUAUAACACUGGGCACGGAACAAGUAUGAGUACUACCGUGCACCACGUUAUGGUUGCCGCUGUUGUUUUUAUUUUUCAUUAUACAUUACUACCAAUAUUUCACAAGUCUAAUUUGAACAGAUAAUUUUAAAAAUUUAAAAAUUCAGUUAUUUUUCAAGAUCCGUCAAAAACCCCAAAUUCAAUUUUCGUAGCCGGGAAAUCUGAGGAACAGUGCAGUGGGUGUAGCAGCGCAGUUAGCCAGCGUACGUACGAUAUCCCAACAAUAAAUGUGGCAUAGGCAU